AUGGGGUCGGAAGAUAUUCAUGAGAGGGAGAAGGAGAUAGUGGCUUCAGUCCGACCGCCUCAUCAGCGUCGACUGAGUCCGUUCGUUAUCGCUGGUCGUGCUGAAGAGAAACAGCUGGGGAUAUCGACUCGUCGGUUGAACGUCAAUGACUUCGCACUGUUGAAGACACUGGGCACAGGCACAUUCGCUCGGGUGUGGUUAGUGAAGUUGAACGACGAAAGGCAACGCAAGAACAGGGUCUACGCUCUGAAGAUACUCCGAAAGGCAGAUGUGAUCAAGCUGAAGCAAGUCGAGCAUGUCCGCAACGAACGGAAGACUCUCGCAGAUGUUUCCGGCCAUCCUUUCAUCACGACAUUGAUUGCCUCCUUCUCCGAUGACCAGAAUCUAUAUAUGUUGUUGGACUAUUGCCCUGGAGGCGAGAUAUUCAGCUACCUACGACGCGCACGACGCUUCAACGAGAAUACAUCCAAAUUCUACGCGGCCGAGAUAGCGUUAACCAUCGAGUUUCUCCAUGACGUGGAGGGAGUGGUUUAUCGAGACCUUAAGCCGGAGAAUAUCCUGCUUGACGCCGAGGGUCAUAUCAAGCUAGUCGACUUUGGGUUCGCAAAACAGGUUGGCGACCAUGAGACCUAUACUCUGUGUGGGACUCCCGAGUAUCUCGCCCCGGAAGUGAUUCAUAACAGCGGCCACGGCCUUGCCGUAGACUGGUGGGCUCUAGGUAUCUUAAUAUACGAGUUCCUUGUGGGACAGCCGCCAUUCUGGGACCAAAACCCGAUGCGCAUAUACGAGCAGAUCGUCGAGGGCCACAUACGUUAUCCUCAGAACAUGUCGCCCGCAGCCCAGAACAUCAUAUCGUUGCUGUGCAAGACCAACCCGACUGAGCGGUUGGGCUAUAUCUCUGGGGGCUCAGCCCGAGUCAAGACGCAUCCCUUUUUCGAAGACAUCAACUGGGAUGACCUGUUCUACCGCCGCAUCAAGGGACCGAUCAUCCCUCGAGUCGAUCAUCCUGCGGACACUGGAAACUUUGAAGAAUAUCCAGAUCCGGAUGUGAAGAAUCAGAGUCUUUACACUGAUGAUUUGAGAGACAAGCCACUCUUUGUCGUCCCGGCGACGACCGCACAUGCGUUUCAAGCGCACCCGCUGGUGACAUCUACCAUACAUCCUUCACCCUACCAUAGGCUUGAGGCCGUCUAUGGUGGCAGACUUUUGCCUUGCUCGCAAUACACCCCACGAAGCCUUGCAGCGACUACGGCACUUGUCCUAGUCUACAGCGAAGAGCUCUACGCCCGUACUCUACUAUCUACUGCGUCCUGCGACGCACCACAAUAUUGCGCGUGAUGUCUAGCUGCAUGCUUCUGCCAUAUCUGAUGUGGCUUCUCGACAUGAAGCGGGCUACAUAUCCCGACCGGACACUGACAACUUGCGAGCACGCUAUGGAGAGAACUCAUCAUGACUUCACUCUCGGAUCCUGCAACGAGCCUUGUUAUCGAUCAAUACUUCAGUUGUCUUUAACCUUCUAAGCAUGAUGUGCUUCCUACUACAUUCCUUUCUAUUCUUGAGCGUUCCAGAUUGGCGAGCCGGUCAUUCACACUACACCUACAGCGCGAGGUUUCAUCGAACACAAGCCAUCUACUCACAGCAUUCUCAGGAGGAACUGCUGCUUACACCCAUCCUGCCAGUUCCUCUUAUCAGCGGACUAGUCAGGGAUAUCUUCAGUCACGAUAAUGAGUAACGAUGUCUGGUUUCUUGCACAUGCUUUCUGUCCACCUUUAACGGGUCCCA